AUGGUACUCCAGGAUCUCUUGCGGGAGAGGGCGGCGUCCGGGCCGUCAUCUGGGAAGCUGCUGCUGUACCCGCGGAGCGGCACCGUGCCGAACAAGAUAUCCUACAGCGCCUUGCAUGCCGAGGCAUCGCUCCGCAGCGACGCCCUGCGGUCGCUCGGCGGGUUCCACCGGGCGAGUCCCGUGCUGCUCCAUCUCGAAGACCACUGGGACGCGAUUCUGUGGUUCUGGGCCGUGCUGCUCGCCGACGGCCUGCCGGUGCUCUCGUCGCCCUUCAGCAACGUCGACGAGCACCGGCUUCAGCACAUCCAGGGGCUCGCAGUUCUGCUUCAGUCGCCCCUCUGCAUCACGCGGGCUCGGGCGCUGCCGCUCACCUAUGGCAACAAAAAAGUCAACGGAAUCAAUGGUGUCAACGGAGUUAACGGCACGAACGGGAUUGGCGAUUCCAACGGCCCCGACGGACACUGCGCCCCACCACCCGGGCUAGCCAUGCUGAUGCUCACAUCCGGCAGCACGGGCAAUGCCAAGGCGGUGCAGCUGACGCACGCGCAAGUGCUCGCGGCGGUGGCGGGCAAGGCGUCGGUGCGCCCGCUGCCGGCGUCGGGGACGCUGCUGAACUGGAUCGGGCUCGACCACGUGGCGAGCCUGGUGGAAAUCCAUCUGCAGGCGCUGUGGCUGGGCGCCGACCAGGUGCACGCCUACGCGAGCGACGUCGUGUCGGAGCCGGUGCGGUUCCUCGACCUACUCAGCGAGCACCGCGUGGCGCGCUCGUUUGCGCCGAAUUUCUUCCUCGCGCGGCUGGUGGGCGCCGUCGCGGCAGGGACAACAGACGACGAAGAGAGCGGGCAACAAGACAAGAAGAGGUGGGACCUGUCGGGACUGGUGGCGCUCGCGUCGGGCGGCGAGGCCAACGACACGGCGACGUGCGUGGCUGCCGCGGCGUUGCUGAGCGGGCUCGGCGCGCCGCCAGACGUGCUUACCCCUGGCUUCGGCAUGACCGAGACGUGCGCCGGCGCCAUCUUUAACCUGGCCUGUCCGGCGUACGAGGUCGAGCACGACUCGGCAGUGGCCGCGCUGGGACGGUGCAUGCCCGGCAUCGAGAUGCGCAUCACAACGACAAAUCCGGAGCGCCGCCGGGUAGCUGUGCCUGGCGAGGUGGGCGACCUCGAGGUGCGCGGGCCCGUCGUCUUCAAAGGGUACUACCGCAACGCGCCGGCUAGCGCAGCCGCUUUCACGCCCGACGGAUGGUUCCGAACCGAGGACCAGGCGGCGCUGGACGCGGGCGGCAACCUACGCCUGGCCGGGCGCGUCAAGGACGUGGUCAACAUCAACGGCGUCAAGCUGCUGGCGGCCGACGUGCAGACAGCCGUCGAGCGGGCAGUUUCGGGCCUGGCGGUGGCGCGUGUUGUCUUGUUCGCGUCGCGCGCCCCGGGCAUGCCCACUGAGCAGGUCACCGUCGCCGUGGUGCCUCGGGCCUGGCCGACGCCAACACGGGAACGGGCAGCUGCCGAGGAGGCCGUCGUGCAGGCCUGCGUACUGAGCACGGCGUCGCGUCCGCUGGUCUUCGUGCUCGGCGAAGCAUCGGUGGCACUGCUGCCGACUUCGGCACUGGGCAAAAUCUCACGGGCCAAGAUGCGCACGCUGUUCGAGCAGGGCGUCUUUGCCGCCGACGUUGAGCUCCACGCAGAGGCACUCGACGAGCUCGCUGCUGCGAAACAGAGAGAGGCCGCCGCCGACACGACACCCGCAAGCGAGGCCGAGACGCUCCUGCUCCAGGACAUUGCCGCCAUUGCGGCGGGAGGCAGCACGGCGCCCCCACCGACCUUGAGCGUCGACACGCCCGUCUUCUCGCUCGGCUUCACAUCGAUGGAUCUGAUCCGGCUCAAGCACCGGCUAGAUACGCGGUUAGGCAUAUCCGUCCCCGUCAUCACCUUGAUGAAGCACCCGACGGCCCGGCUCGACAGCACGUAUGACCCCGUGGCCACGCUCGACAGCACGUAUGACCCCGUGGCCACGCUCGACAGCAUGUAUGACCCCGUGGUCACGCUCGCGGCAACGGGGCACAGGACGCCGCUCUGGCUGGUGCACCCGGGGGUGGGCGAGGUGCUCGUGUUCCUUAACCUGUCGGUGCGAAUGGGGGCGCUGGAGCGGCACUCGCGGCCCACGUACGCGCUGCGGGCGCGGGGGUUCGAGCCGGGGCAGAGCAGCUUCGGCAGCAUCGGCGAGGCGGUGGAGACGUACGUGGGGGCGGUGCGGCGGGUGCAGCCGCGGGGGCCGUACGCGCUUGCCGGGUACAGCUUCGGCACCAUGCUGGCGUUCGAGAUGGCUAAGGUGCUGACGGGGCCCCGGUUCGGUGACGAGGUGCGGUUCGUCGGCAGCCUCAACCUGCCGCCGCACAUCAAGCACCGCAUGCGCCAGCUCAGCUGGAACAUGUGCCUGCUGCACCUGGCCUACUUCCUCGGCCUGACUACGGAGGAGCGCGCCGACGCGGCCGAGGCCGACUCCGACGACGGCAGCAGGUUCCGCGGGCUGUCGCGCGCUGCGGCGCUGGAGCAGGUCGUGGCCGAGGCAGGCGCGCCCAAGCUAGCCGAGCUGGGGCUGACGCGCGACGCGCUCGCGCGCUGGGCCGAUGUCGCGUUCGGCUUGCAGAGCAUGGCCGUCGACUACGAGCCGUUGGGGUCCGUCGCCGCGUUGGACGUCUUCUACGCCAUCCCCCUCCGCGCCGUGGCCAAGUCGCGCGAGGAGUGGCUCGCCGUCCACCUUGCACGCUGGGCUGACUUUUGCACCGAGAAGGUGCGGUUCCACCCUGUCGCCGGCGAGCACUACACCAUGAUUGGCCCAGACCAUGUGGACACUUUUGCCCACACGCUGGCGGCUGCCCUCGCUGCGCGGGGGCUUUGA